AUGGCUAUAUUUGGUUUCUUUAGCACAACUCUGGUCGACGGUACUGUGUACAGUGUUGGUGAUUCCGCCGGUUGGACAGGCAGCAAUAUUGACUAUCAUAUGUGGGCUUCUACUAAGACUUUCCAGGUUGGUGACACUCUUGGUCACGGGUUCGAGUCGUGGAAUCAGUCAGCCACAGAGGUGCUUGCAUUAGGCAUUUUCACUAACUGUUGCCUCAAUGGUGCUGAAGUUUUUCAGUACAACCAACAACUCCACAACGUGGUACGAGUGAGCCUCUCCGAUUUCCAUUCGUGCAAUGCUGGAAAUCCAAUCGCCACUUACUCCUCCGGCAACUAUUCCAUCACCAUUGUCGGUCCCGGCCACUACUACUAUAUUUGCGGGUUUCGAGGCCACUGUCAAGCCGGACAGAAGCUCGAUAUUCGGGUACCCAAAGCCUACCAAUUAACUGAUAUCCGUAGCAGAAAACUAACUAAACCUCCAGUUGCAGCCUAA